ACCAAAAGUCUCUUUCUUUUUGCUGUCUGUCGGCCACCUUGUUCCGGAGGCAAACCGUGCACUUCACUUUAACCAAGUUGAAGUCUUUUCCGAGCUCUCUCCGAUCGAAAUAAAAUCAUCCUCUCUAAAUCUCUCUCUUAGGGUUCGCGAACUAGUAUUCACUUUUUCCCCUCCUUAUGGCCUCUGAUGCUUCUGCUGCCCUUGCUGUGAGACAGAAAGUUCAACUCUUUCUGAAUGCCGCUCGCACAGGCAACCUUGACCUCUUAAAGAAGUUGGCGGGGCAGCUUGAUGAUGGGAAAGGGCUGGCGAAAACGAUAGCUGAUAUUAAGGAUGCCAACAAGCGUGGUGCGCUUCACUUUGCGGCCAUUGAAGGCAAGACUGAAGUGUGCAAGUACUUGUUGGAGGAACUCAAACUCGAUGUUGAUACAAGAGACGAAGAUGGUGAGACUCCUCUUAUUCAUGCUGCUAGGCAAGGGCAUACUGAUACUGCAAAAUUCCUUCUUGAACACGGCGCUGAUCCUUCGAUAGCCAGUAAUUUAGGGGCCACAGCCCUGCACCAUUCUGCAGGCAUAGGAGAUAUCGAAUUGCUGAAGUAUUUAAUUUCUAAAGGUGUUGAUGUCAAUUCACAAAGUGAUUCUGGAACUCCUUUAAUUUGGGCUGCCGGUCAUGCUCAACCAGAUGCUGUUAAAGUUUUGCUAGAACACAAAGCUGAUCCUAACGCUGAAACUGAUGAUAAUAUCACUCCACUAUUGUCAGCUGUGGCAGCCAGUUCACUGCCUUGCCUGGAGCUAUUAAUUCAGGCGGGUGCUAAAGUAAAUAUUAGUGCUGGUGGAGCAACUCCUUUACACAUUGCUGCUGAUAAUGGCAGCACAGAAAUCAUUAACUGUUUGUUAAAAGCUGGGGCUGAUCCCAAUGUCACUGAUGAGGAUGGCACAAAGCCGAUACUGGUUGCUGCUGCAAGAAGCAAUCGUGGAGCUGUUAAGAUCCUGUUUCCCUUGACAUCUAAGAUUGAAAGUAUCCCGAAGUGGACAGUUGAUGGCAUAAUUGAGUAUAUGCAUUCUGAAACGAGCAGACAACAGGAAGAAAUGAAAAGUCUGAAGGAAGCUGAUAUGCCAAAGGAGUUACCGAAGCAAGAUCUCCCUGAGGUCACCCCUGAAGCAAAGAAGAAAGCUGCAGAAGCAAAAUCAAGAGGAGAUGAGGCUUUUAAAAGACAUGAAUUUGAUAUUGCUGUAGAUGCUUAUACACAGGCAAUCGAUCUAGACCCGACUGAUGCUACUUUGUUUUCUAAUCGAAGUCUUUGUUGGAUCCGUCUUGGUCAAGCUGAGCAGGCCUUAGCCGAUGCAAAGGCCUGCAGAGCAUUAAGACCAGAUUGGCCAAAAGCUUGCUAUCGGGAAGGUGCAGCAUUACGCUUAUUGCAGAAAUUUGAUGAAGCUGCCAACGCCUUUUACGAGGGCGUGAAGCUUGAUCCCGAAAGUAGAGAGCUAGUAACUGCUUUCAGGGAAGCUGUUGAAUCCGGGAGAAAAUUCCAUGGUACUGACAAGCAAAAGGGAAAAUCAUAGUGACCCCUUGACGAUCUUCUAGAGUCUAGUUAGUACAAGAAAAUUGAGGGUGUCAUUUUUCAAUUUUGGGACCAACGGUUUUAUUUGAAUUAAAAAGGUUUAUAAUUUGAGAGGACAGUUUUAAUCUCUAAUUUUUGCCUUCAUUUCUUACUUGCUAAGCUUUUUAAACGUUUUCUAUCGUUGUCACU